AAUGUCCUUUUCAGCCUCACCUACGCAACACUACACACCGUCUCUGAGCGCCUAUCAUCCGUUGCCUACGCCACAAUCAACUGUCGCCAUGGCAACUGUAGACAGCCCCGUCAAUGCAUCGCUUCGUCUCGUGCAAUGUGGCUGGGUCUUUUGUGGAGACGCUUGCCAGACGCUGAUCACAGUCGGCGUGGGUCGUUGAAUGUGUUGCUGCAUGGCGGCAUUCGCGGUUGGAAGGUCCUUUCGCAGUUGCCAAGGGAGGCGUCAUUCUUGAAUGAUAAUCCGAACUGGUGCAGUUUGUCGCAUGACAACUGGUCCAUCUGUCUCGGGGGCAACGUGUUCAGAGCCGACAAUCAGCGGAAGGCACCGAACCAAGAAAAGGUUUUCCGUUUCACGAUUGUUGUGCUCACUUGCAUUUGGAGUGUAAGUGUGCGGUUGAAAGAGUGUCGAAGAAGAUUGGUUUCACCGGAACAUUCAAUCUCAUUCGGUUGCGGUGAAAAGGUGCCGAGAUUUCGUGCGUCAUCUGACUGA